AUGAAGCUGCUCGAUACGGCCGCAUACCUCGUCAUUUUCACGGUAACCGUGGUGGCUUGUGAAGCAGAAGGAGCAACUAAAUCGUCCGUUGCCCUUGUGGAAGCACGAUACGAUCGGUAUUAUGACAUUUUUCGCUACUGGUGGCCGUGGUUCAGUGAUCUUGCCACGGUCGUCUUUAUCAAGCUGAAGAUAUGGAUCAUCCUGGUGGCGAUGCUGGUGUUCGGUGAUGGGUACUAUUGGGCCAAGACGAGUGGACCGAGCAUCUUCGAGAAAAGCCAGUGGGCUCAGACUCCCGGUGGGAUUGGUUGGGGUCGUCGAAAGCGGAGAGAUGUCCGGUUCGGUCCUGGACAAAACAACGACAUGGCGGAGUUCAUAUUCGACACGCUCGAUAUCAGUGACGAAGCGUGUCGUAAGCGGAUCGUGUGUGAGAUGUAUGUGGAAGGAACACGGUCUCCGGAGAUAUGGAGGGCAUUGAGUAACCCAGGAUUUGAUGUGUUUCGUGCCUACCGCCCAAAGGACCCUAGUGAGUUGAGUUUAUCCGACUGCCGUAAGCGUUACCAAUGCGAUUUGGCUGAUGCGAAAGGAGGUUCUUCUCGAACGCAGCAAACAAACGCCUUGGACGAUGAAGACUGGAGAUGGCCACGAUAA